AUGAAAAGGCCUGCCUGUGCUGCUUGUAAGAACCAGCGUAGGAAAUGCGAUGAAGAUUGUUUUGUUGCUCCUUACUUUCCGGCUGAGAAAACAAGAGAUUUUGAAGCUGUCCAUAAACUUUUUGGGUUACAUAAUAUUGUCAACCUCCUCCAGAAUCUACCCCUUGAGAAAAGAUCUGACGCCGUUAUUUCUAUGGUUUAUGAAGCCAACGCUCGAGUUAGAGAUCCUGUUACUGGCUGUACUGGUAUCCUUUCAGAGUUAAUGCAGAGGCUUAACGCUCUCAAGGCGGAGCUUAACCUUGUUCAAAAUAAAAAUGCUUACUAUCGUACGCUAAAACAGCAGCAACCUGGACAGCAAAAUAUGGUCCAUAAUGCAGGUUUUGUGGACUUUCUUCGAGAAAACAAUGAUGUUAAAUUGCUCCCAUCUCCGAUUCAAGAUCUCAACUUCUUGCAUGAGAAUCUUGAGAACCCUCAACAACUUCAAGAAUCCAGUUCCGCUCAAAAUCAAAUUGCUUAUUAUCAUACCCGAAAACAGAAGCAACUUGGACAGCAAAUUAUGGUUCAUAAUGCAGGUUUUGUGGACUUCCUUCAAGAACACAAUAAUGCUAAUCUGCUCCCAUCUCCGAAUCAAGAUUUCACCUUCUUGCAUGAGAAUCUUGAGAACCCUCAACAACUUCAAGACUUCAGUUCCGCUCAAAAUCAAAUUGCUCACUAUCGUGCCCUAAAACAACACCAACCUGGACAGCAAAAUAUGGUUCAUAAUGCAGGUUUUGUGGACUUCCUUCAAGAAAACGAUAAUGUUAAAUUGCUCCCAUCUUCGAGUCAAGAUUUCAACUACUUGCAUGAGAAUCUUGAGAACCCUCAACAACUUCAAGAAUCCAGUUUCUGUUGCAAGAAGACUGAUUUCUGGAAUUGA